ACACACACACACACACACACACACACACACACACACACACACACACACAGGCAGGCAGCCCGUGCUCUAUACGCAGACCCAGCACGAGCCGCUCCGUGUGAACGCUAACCAUGGCUGAAGGAGGAGAAGGAGAGGAUGAAAUCCAGUUCCUGCGGACAGAUGACGAGGUGGUCCUACAGUGCUCAGCUACAAUCCACAAAGAGCAGCAGAAACUCUGUCUGGCUGCUGAAGGCUUCGGAAACAGACUGUGCUUCCUUGAGUCUAUCUCCAACUCCAAGAAUGUGCCUCCCGAUCUGUCCAUCUGCACUUUUGUGUUGGAGCAGUCGCUGUCAGUACGAGCCCUUCAGGAGAUGCUGGCCAACACAGAGGAGAAGGCUGAUGGGACGGCCCAAGGUGGGGGUCAUCGCACGCUACUGUACGGACAUGCUGUCCUGCUACGACACUCCUACAGUGGAAUGUACCUGUGUUGCUUGUCCACCUCCCGGUCUUCCACCGACAAACUGGCUUUUGAUGUGGGACUGCAGGAAGACACCACAGGCGAAGCAUGUUGGUGGACCAUCCAUCCAGCAUCAAAGCAGCGCUCAGAGGGAGAGAAGGUUAGAGUUGGAGAUGAUCUCAUCUUGGUCAGCGUCUCCUCUGAAAGAUAUCUGCAUCUGUCCUAUGGUAACGGCAGUCUCCAUGUAGAUGCGGCCUUCCAGCAGACACUGUGGAGUGUGGCUCCCAUCUGUUCUGGCAGUGAAGUAGCACAAGGUUUUCUGGUUGGAGGGGAUGUCCUGCGUCUCCUUCACGGUCACAUGGACGAGUGUCUCACUGUUCCAUCUGGGGAGCAUGGGGACGAGCAGAGGAGGACAGUACACUAUGAGGGGGGAGCAGUGUCCAGUCAUGCCAGAUCCUUGUGGAGGCUGGAGACACUGCGGGUGGUGUGGAGUGGGAGUCAUAUUCGCUGGGGUCAGCCGUUCAGACUGAGACAUGUUACCACAGGGAAGUAUCUGAGUCUUAUAGAAGACAAGUCACUGCUGCUGAUGGACAAAGAGAAAGCUGAUGUCAAGUCUACAGCUUUCUGUUUCAGGUCCUCCAAGGAAAAGUUAGACCCUGGUGUGAAGAAGGAGAUGGAUGGGAUGGGCACUCCUGACAUUAAGUAUGGCGACUCUGUGUGUUACAUCCAACAUGUUGACACCUGUCUCUGGCUGACGUACCAGACUGUAGAUGCCAAGUGUGCCCGUAUGGGUGGAGUACAGAGAAAGGCCAUCAUGCACCAUGAGGGUCACAUGGACGAUGGACUGACGUUGUCUCGGUCACAACACGAGGAGAGCCGCACUGCCAGGGUCAUCCGGAGUACUGUCUUUCUGUUCAACCUCUUCAUCAGGGGUCUGGACAAACUAAGAAAAAAGGGAAAGAGCUCUACCUUGGAUCUACCAAUAGAUUCAGUCAGCCUGAGUCUGCAGGAUCUGAUUGGCUACUUCCAACCAGCUGGAGAUCAUCUGGAGCAUGAAGACAAGCAGAACCGACUGAGGGCUCUGAAGAAUCGCCAGAACCUCUUCCAGGAGGAGGGGAUGAUCAGCCUGGUACUGGAAUGUAUUGAUCGUCUUCACGUCUAUAGCAGUGCAGCUCAUUUUGCUGAGGCAGUUGGAAGGGAUGCUGGAGAGGCCUGGAGCUCCAUCCUAAACUCCCUCUACCAACUACUGGCUGCACUCAUCAGAGGAAACAGGAAGAACUGUGCACAGUUUUCUGGCUCGUUGGACUGGCUGAUAAGCAGACUGGAGCGACUAGAGGCUUCUUCUGGUAUAUUGGAGGUGCUUCACUGUGUACUGGUGGAGAGUCCUGAGGCACUUAACAUAAUCAAAGAGGGGCAUAUCAGAUCUAUAAUAUCUCUGCUGGACAAGCAUGGUCGCAAUCACAAGGUUCUAGACGUGUUGUGUUCACUGUGUGUGUGUCACGGCGUGGCAGUGCGCUCUAACCAGCACCUUAUCUGUGACAACCUGCUGCCAGGAAGAGAUCUUUUACUGCAGACCCGCCUGAUCAACCACGUAAGCAGCAUGCGUCCCAACAUCUUCCUGGGUGUCAGUGAUGGUUCUGCUCAGUACAGGAAGUGGUACUACGAGCUGAUCGUGGAUCAGGCAAUACCAUUUGUCACAGCAGAGGCCACUCACCUUAGGGUGGGCUGGGCCAACACCAGUGGCUACGCACCCUACCCCAGCGGAGGGGAGGGUUGGGGAGGCAAUGGGGUCGGUGAUGACCUAUACUCCUACGGCUUUGAUGGACUCCAUCUUUGGUCAGGUUGCAUUGCACGGACUGUUAGCUCACCCAAUCAGCAUCUUCUGCGAUCAGAGGAUGUGGUGAGCUGCUGCCUGGACCUCAGUGUACCCAGUAUCUCCUUCAGGAUCAACGGCCAGCCAGUUCAGGGCAUGUUUGAGAACUUCAACUCCGAUGGCCUCUUCUUUCCUGUGGCCAGUUUCUCUGCCGGAGUCAAGGUGCGUUUCCUACUUGGGGGCCGUCAUGGGGAGUUCAAAUUCCUCCCUCCUCCAGGCUACGCUCCUUGCUGUGAGGCGGUGUUGCCCAGAGAGAAGCUGAAGCUUGAGGGCGGUCAGGACCAAACUGCAAACAGAGACUUACUGGGGCCCACUGUCACAAUGAGCCAGGCAGCAUUUACCCCUACACCCGUGGACACCAGCCAGAUUGUUCUUCCACCACACUUGGAAAGGAUCAGGGAGAAACUUGCAGAGAACAUCCAUGAACUGUGGGUGAUGAACAAAAUAGAACUGGGCUGGACCUAUGGCGCAGUGCGAGAUGACAACAAGCGACAGCACCCCUGUCUGGUGGAGUUCUCGAAGCUUCCUGAGCAGGAACGGAGCUACAACCUACAGAUGUCUCUGGAGACUCUCAAAACACUCCUGGCUCUGGGGUGCCAUGUUGGCCUAGCAGAUGAACAUGCUGUAGAGAAAGUAAAGAGCAUGAACCUGUCACCAACCUAUGAGUUGUCCAGUGGUUAUAAACCUGCUCCUCUGGACCUGAGUCACAUCAAACUGACCUCCACCCAGGAAGCUAUGGUGGACAAACUGGCUGAGAAUGCACACAAUGUCUGGGCAAGAGACCGCAUCCGCCAGGGCUGGACCUAUGGCAUCCAACAGGAUGUGAAGAAUCGUAGAAACCCUCGUUUGGUGCCCUACGCUCUGCUGGAUGAGAGAACCAAGAAGUCCAACAAAGACAGUCUGAGAGAGGCCGUCAGAACCCUGCUAGGAUAUGGAUACAACCUGGAAGCUCCUGACCAAGACCAUGCAGCUCAAUCUGACCUCAGCAAUAUGUCUGCUGAGAGGUUCCGCAUUUUUAGAGCAGAGAAAACCUACUGUGUUAAUGCUGGAAAGUGGUACUUUGAGCUGGAGGUGUUGACAGCUGGAGAGGUGAGGGUGGGAUGGGCGAGGCCAGGAUGUCUACCAGACCAGGAGCUGGGAUCUGACGACCAGGCCUUUGUCUUUGACGGUUUCAAGGUCCAGCGCUGGCACCAGGGCAAUGAACACUUUGGGCGUGCCUGGCAGACGGGGGAUGUCGUGGGCUGCAUGGUGGAUCUGAACGAACACACCAUGAUGUUCACGCUUAAUGGAGAAGUGUUGCUAGAUGAUUCUGGAUCUGAGCUGGCCUUCAAGGACUUUGAGACGGGCGAAGGUUUUAUUCCAGUAUGCAGUCUGGGCGUGUGCCAGGUGGGGAGGAUGAACUUUGGUAAAAACGUCAGCACUCUGAAGUACUUCACCAUCUGUGGCCUGCAGGAAGGCUACGAGCCUUUUGCCGUCAAUAUGAACCGGGACGUCACCAUGUGGCUCAGCAAGAGGCUGCCUCAGUUUGUGCCUGUGCCCCCCAAUCACCAACACAUUGAGGUGACCAGAAUAGAUGGAACAGUGGAGUCGUGUCCGUGCCUAAAGGUCACCCAGAGGUCAUUCGGCUCCCAGAAUAGCUACACCGACAUAACCUUCUACAGACUGAGCACGCCCAUAGAGUGUGAUGAAUCCAGAUCCUCACCUGGCAGCGCAGUCUUCUCACCAAAGAGGGAGCUGGAGGACUUUGAAACUGUGUCAGACUUUGAGGUCCUGAUGAAGACGCCUCACGGUCACAAUGGUCCCAACGGACCGGACAGAGAUGAAUUCAACAAUCACAAAGAUUACAACCAGGAGAAGCCGUCAAAGCUCAAACAACGGUUCACACUGAAGAGAAACAAGCCAGACAACAGCUGUCCUUCAUCUGCACGCCUCUCAGAGGAGGUGAUGGCUGACGACAAAGAUAGCUACGAAUUCCUCAUGCAGGCAUCUACUCACUACUACUCAGUCCGGAUCUUCCCUGGUCAAGAGCCCAGCAGUGUUUGGGUGGGCUGGGUAACUUCUGACUUCCAUCAGUAUGACCCGGGCUUUGAGCUGCACAAGGUCCGAACUGUCACUGUUACCCUUGGAGACGAGAAGGGCAAAGUUCAUGAGAGUAUAAAACGCAGUAACUGUUACAUGGUGUGGGCUGGAGAGAGCAGCAGUCCUGGUCAGGGCAGAAACAACAACGGCUUAGAGAUCGGCUGUCUGGUUGACACAACAAACGGUUUGCUGACUUUCACAGCCAACGGCAAAGAACUCGGCACGUACUACCAGGUGGAGCCCAGUACUAAGCUGUUCCCUGCAGUCUUUGCCAAAGCCACCAGUCCGAAUGUCUUCCAGUUUGAACUGGGGCGUAUUAAGAAUGUCAUGCCCUUGUCAGCUGGUCUGUUUAAGAGUGAGAGGAAGAAUCCAGUUCCUCAGUGUCCUCCACGGCUUCAUGUCCAGUUUCUCACUCCUGUCCUAUGGAGUCGUGUUCCCAAUCACUUCCUUAAGGUCUCUGCAUCCAGAGUGAAUGACCGACAUGGCUGGCAGGUCCAUUGUAAUGAACCACUGCAGUUCAUGUCUCUACACAUACCUGAGGAGAACAGGUCGGUGGAUAUCCUGGAGCUGUCAGAACAGACAGACUUGUUAAAAUUCCAUUAUCAUACUCUCAGACUGUACUCUGCAAUCUGUGCUCUGGGAAACAAUCGGGUGGCUCAUGCCCUCUGCUCCCACGUUGACGAGGCACAGCUCCUGCAGGCCAUCGAGAAUAAAUAUAUGCCAGGUCUGCUUCGUGCGGGCUACUACAACCUCCUCAUCGACAUCCACCUGAGCAGCUACGCAACAGCUCGCCUCAUGAUGAACAACGAGUACAUUGUUCCCAUGACAGAUGAAACGAAGAGCAUCACCCUGUUUUCAGAUGAGAAGAAGAAACAUGGCUUGCCAGGCAUCGGACUCAGCACGUCCCUGAGACCCAGAAUGCACUUCUCAUCCCCAAGUUUUGUAUGUGGGACUGGACCAUCAUGCCGUAACAAUGGCAGCAAUGGAUCAGGAUCAGGAGACUUUUUCCAGUACAGCCCAGAGUUCCCCUUAGAUAUACUGAAAGUCAAAACCAUUGAGAUGCUGACAGAAGCAGUGCGAGAGGGAAGUAUGCAUGUACGGGAUCCAAUAGGAGGCAGCACAGAGUUUCUCUUUGUCCCCCUCAUCAAACUUUUCUACACCAUGCUCAUCAUGGGUGUUUUCAAAAACGGAGAUCUGAAGAACAUCCUGCGACUGAUUGAACCGUCUGUGUUCUCUGAACGAGAUGGGCAGGAGGAGCUCUGCAUGGAGCUGGAGGCUGUGAAGGAGGUGGAAACUAAGGGAGGAGGAGAAGAUGGUGGGAGUAACAUGCCUAAAGAAGGCCUGCUGCAGAUGAAACUACCAGAGCCAGUAAAACUCCAGAUGUGCCAUGUGCUGCAGUACCUGUGUGACUGCCAGGUGCGCCACCGGAUCGAGGCGGUGGUGGCCUUCUCUGAUGACUUUGUGGCCUGUCUUCAAGACAACCAGCGGUUCCGCUACAACGAGGUGAUGCUGGCACUCAACAUGUCUGCAGCCCUCACUGCCAAAAAGACCAAAGAGUUCAGAUCUCCUCCUCAGGAACAGAUCAACAUGCUGCUGAACUUUAAGGAUGAGAAACAGGAGUGUCCCUGUCCUGAAUACAUCAGAGAACAGCUGCUUGACUUCCAUGAAGAUCUGAUGAGGCACUGUGAGUUGGACGAGGAGAGAGGCAUAGACAGUGACAGUGACGCCACCAUACGAGGUCGGCUGAUGUCGCUGGUGGAGAAAGUGGCUUAUCUGAAAAAGAAGAUGGCCAAUCUGCCAAAGGAGAAAAAAGACAGGAAACCCAGUACAUUACAGCAGCUGAUUUCAGACACGAUGGUCCGCUGGGCCCAGGAGUCAGUUAUCGAGGAUCCAGAGCUAGUUAGAGCCAUGUUUGUCCUGCUGCACCGCCAGUAUGAUGGCAUCGGAGGACAGGUGCGGGCUCUUCCUAAGACCUACACAAUAAACUCUGUAUCGAUCGAGGACACCAUCAACCUGUUAGCUGCUCUGGGUCAGAUCAGAUCUCUGCUAAGUGUCCGGAUGGGAAGAGAAGAGGAGAAACUGAUGAUCAGAGGGCUCGGUGACAUCAUGAACAACAAGGUUUUCUACCAGCAUCCUAACCUGAUGAGAGCUCUGGGGAUGCACGAGACCGUCAUGGAGGUGAUGGUCAAUGUACUCAGUGGAGGAGACUCCAAGGAAAUCACCUUUCCUAAAAUGGUGGCCAACUGUUGUCGUUUUCUGUGCUACUUCUGUCGAAUCAGCCGUCAGAACCAGAAAGCCAUGUUUGACCAUCUGAGCUAUCUGCUGGAGAACAGCAGCGUUGGUCUUGCAUCUCCAUCUAUGCGAGGAUCAACACCUUUGGAUGUGGCUGCAGCAUCAGUCAUGGAUAAUAAUGAGCUGGCCCUGGCUUUAAGAGAGCCAGACCUGGAGAAGGUGGUACAGUACCUGGCAGGCUGUGGGCUGCAGAGCUGUGUGAUGCUGGUACGUAAAGGAUACCCCGACAUUGGCUGGAACCCUGUGGAGGGGGAGCGAUACCUUGACUUCCUGCGCUUUGCUGUGUUCUGUAACGGUGAAAGCGUGGAGGAGAAUGCCAAUGUUGUGGUGAGGCUUCUUAUUCGCCGACCAGAAUGUUUUGGGCCUGCCCUUCGAGGUGAAGGUGGCGAUGGGUUGCUGGCAGCGAUGGAGGAAGCCAUUAAAAUCUCUCUCGACCAUUCCAGAGAUGGUCCCUCUCCUACAUCUGAGAGCAGCAAGACACUCAGUGACAUGCAGGAGGAAGAGGAAGAUGAUACCAUCCACAUGGGGAAUGCUAUCAUGACCUUCUAUGCUGCUCUCAUUGACCUGCUGGGCCGCUGUGCUCCAGAGAUGCAUCUGAUCCAUGCUGGUAAAGGUGAAGCAAUUCGCAUCAGAGCCAUUUUGAGGUCUCUCAUUCCUAUUGAAGACCUGGUGGGAGUCAUCAGCAUUCCAUUCUCAAUGCCUAACCUGGGUAAAGAUGGGUCGGUUGUGGAGCCAGACAUGUCAGCUGGUUUUUGUCCAGACCAUAAAGCAGCUAUGGUCCUGUUCCUGGACCGGGUCUAUGGUAUAGAAGACCAGAAUUUUCUUCUCCACCUUCUGGAGGUUGGGUUCUUACCAGAUCUGAGGGCUGCUGCCUCUCUGGACACUGUUGCUCUCAGUGCCACAGAUAUGGCUCUUGCCCUUAACAGGUACUUGUGUACAGCAGUGUUGCCUUUACUGACUAAAUGUGCUCCACUGUUUGCGGGGACGGAGCCGUUCGCCUCACUGAUCGACUCACUCCUUCAUACGGUUUACCGCCUGUCCAAAGGCUGCUGCCUCACCAAGGCCCAGAGGGAUGCCAUAGAAGAGUGUCUGCUAGCUGUUUGUGGUAAGCUAAGGCCUUCGAUGAUGCAGCAUCUGUUGAGGAGGCUGGUGUUUGACGUUCCUCUGCUUAAUGAACACACCAAGAUGCCUCUAAAGCUGUUGACCAAUCACUAUGAGCGUUGUUGGAAGUACUACUGCCUGGCUGGAGGUUGGGGCAGUUUUGGAGCAGCAUCAGACGAAGAACUUCACCUCUCCAGGAAACUGUUCUGGGGAAUAUUUGAUGCUCUGUCCCACAAGCGGUAUGACCAGGAGCUGUUUAAACUGGCGCUACCAUGUCUCAGUGCUGUGGCUGGAGCUCUUCCUCCAGACUACAUGGAGUCCAACUACAUGGCCAUGAUGGAGAAACAGUCAUCUAUGGACUCUGAGGGAAACUUCACUCCACAGCCUGCAGACACCACUAGUGUGACUGUCCCAGAGAAACUGGACUAUUUCAUCACCAGAUAUGCAGAGCACAUUCAUGAGAAGUGGUGUAUUGAAAAGUUUUCAAAUGGCUGGUCAUAUGGAGAACAGAUGUGUGAAAUCAGCAAGAGCCACCCUCUACUGAAACCAUACAAAGGCCUCUUUGAGAAGGAUAAAGAGGCAUACUGCUGGCCGGUCAGAGAGUCUCUGAAGACCAUGCUGUCGUGGGGCUGGAGCAUCGACAGGAUCAGAGAGGGAGACCCUGCCAGCCUCCACAACAAAUCCAGAAGGAUAUCACAGGCCAGUCAGCUGUCUUUUGAAGGAGCUUCAGCUUUCAGCCCAAGACCCAUUGAUAUGAGCAACGUCACGCUGUCCAGAGACAUGCAGUCUAUGGCAGAGCUGCUUGCAGAGAAUUAUCACAAUAUUUGGGCCAGGAAAAAGAAAAUGGAACUUGAAGCCAAAGGUGGAGGAAACCAUCCCCUGCUGGUCCCUUAUGACACACUGACUGCCAAAGAGAAAUCCAAAGACAGAGAAAAAGCACAGGACAUCCUCAAGUUUCUUCAGAUUAAUGGUUACACUGUGUCCAGAGGUGUGAAGUCACAGGAACUGGACACUCCAGCAAUAGAGAAACGAUUUGCCUACACCUUCCUACAGCAGCUCAUCACAUAUGUUGACCAGGCCCACCAACACAUGAUGGAGUUUGAUCUUGGAACAAAGCCAAAGGGAGAGAAGGUUCCUCAUGAACAGCAGAUUAAGUUCUUUGGAACGGUCGUCUUGCCAUUGGUGGAUCAGUACUUUAAAAACCACAGGCUGUACUUCCUGUCCACAGCCAUCCACCCAAUCAGCAGUGGUGGCCAUGCUUCCAACAAGGAGAAGGAGAUGGUGACCAGUCUUUUCUGCAAACUGGGAGUUCUUGUCAGACAUAGGAUAUCCUUAUUUGGUAACAAUGCCACGUCCAUAGUCAACUGUCUGCAAAUACUGGGACAAAGCCUAGAUGCCAGGACAGUGAUGAAGACUGGCCUGGAGUCAGUGAAGGCAGCUUUACGGUCGUACUUCGACAGCGCAGCCGAGGAUUUGGAGAAGACUCAAGGGAACCUGAAGCUCGGUCAGUUCACUCACAGCAGGGAGCAGCCAAGAGGUGUCACUCAAAUCAUCAACUACACCACAUUCGCCCUGCUGCCUGUCCUUUCAUCCCUGUUUGAACACAUUGGACAGAACCUGUUUGGAGAAGACCUGAUAUUGGAUGAUGUCCAGGUCUCCUGCUACAGAAUCCUCAACAGCCUCUACUUCCUGGGAACCAACAAAAGCAUCUAUGUAGAGAGACAGCGUCCAGCAUUAGGAAAGUGUUUAGCUGCCUUCUCAGCAGCUUUUCCUGUUGCCUUCCUCGAGCCUCAUAACAACAAGUUUAACAGCUUCUCCAUCUAUAACAGCAAAGGAAGUAAAGACAGAGCAGCUCUAGGUCUUCCAGGGCAGGUUGAGGAAGUUUGCCCUCUGAUCCCAAACUUAGAGAAAUCUUUGGAAGAGAUCAUGGAACUGGCAGAGUCUGGCAUGAGAUAUACUCAGAUGCCCCAUGUCAUGGAGGUUGUGCUGCCAAUGUUGUGCAGCUACAUGUCUCACUGGUGGGAACAUGGACCAGAGAGUCACCCAGACAAAGCUGACGACUGCUGCACCUCUGUGACCUCUGAACACAUGAACACUCUGCUUGGAAACAUUCUCAAGAUCAUCUACAACAAUCUGGGAAUAGAUGAGGGAGCCUGGAUGAAGAGACUGGCUGUCUUCUCUCAGCCAAUUAUCAGCAAAGCCAAAGCCCAGCUGUUAAAGACACACUUUCUGCCUCUGAUGGAGAAACUCAAAAAAAAAGCAGCCAUUGUAUUGAUGGAUGAAGAACAGAGCAAGGCAGAGGGGAGGGGUGAGAUGUCAGAGACAGAGCUUCUCAUCAUGGACCAGUUCACCAUACUGGUCAGAGACCUGUAUGCCUUCUACCCUCUCCUCAUACGAUUUGUUGACUACAACAGGGCCCGAUGGCUGAAAGAGUCCAACGCAGAGGCGGAGGAGCUUUUCCGGAUGGUGGCUGAGGUUUUCAUCUUCUGGGCCAAGUCUCAUAACUUCAAGAGAGAGGAACAGAAUUUUGUGGUCCAGAAUGAAAUCAACAACAUGUCCUUCCUCAUCACUGACACUAAGUGUAAGAUGUCAAAGGGAAUAGUUUCAGACCAGGAGAGGAAGAAGAUGAAGAGGAAGGGCGAUCGAUACUCGAUGCAGACUAGUCUCAUUGUUGCUACUCUGAAACGUCUGCUGCCUGUAGGACUCAACAUCUGUGCUCCAGGAGAACAGGAGCUCAUCACACUGGCUAAGAACCGCUUCACUCAGAAAGAUACAGAGGAUGAAGUUCGAGAGAUCAUCAGGAACAAUCUGCAUUUACAAGGAAAGCUGGAGGACCCAGCUAUUCGUUGGCAGAUGGCUCUGUACAGAGACCUCCCUAACCACUAUGAGGAUACCUCAGACCCAGAGAAGACCGUGGAAAGAGUCCUGGACAUCGCUCAUGUCCUCUUCCACCUGGACCAGGUGGAGCAUCCUCAGCGCAGUAAGAAGGCCGUGUGGCAUAAACUGCUGUCUAAACAGAGGAAGAGAGCUGUGGUCGCUUGCUUCAGGAUGGCACCUCUCUAUAACCUGCCCAGGCACCGGGCUGUAAACUUGUUCCUGCAGGGCUAUGAGAAGUCUUGGAUUGAGGCAGAGGAACAUUACUUUGAAGAUAAACUCAUAGAGGACCUUGCAAAACCAGGUGAGCUGGAGCCACCUGAGGAGGAGGAGGGGAUGAAGCACAUUGAUCCACUGCAUCAGCUCAUUCAGCUGUUCAGCAGAACAGCCCUCACAGAGAAAUGCAAACUAGAUGAGGAUAAUCUCUACAUGGCCUACGCUGACAUCAUGGCUAAGAGUUGCCAUGAUGAAGAGGAUGAAGAUGGGGAAGUGAAGAGUUUUGAAGAGAAGGAGAUGGAGAAGCAGAAGCUGUUGUAUCAGCAGGCUCGACUUCAUGACCGCGGAGCUGCUGAGAUGGUGCUUCAAACCAUCAGUGCAAGCAAAGGGGAGAUGGGCCCCAUGGUAGCAUCUACUCUGAAGCUAGGCAUAGCUAUUCUCAAUGGAGGAAACUCGACUGUACAGCAGAAAAUGUUGGAUUAUCUGAAAGACAAGAAGGAUGUGGGCUUCUUUCAGAGUCUGGCUGGUCUCAUGCAAUCAUGCAGUGUUUUGGAUCUAAAUGCGUUUGAGAGGCAGAACAAAGCUGAGGGACUGGGAAUGGUAACGGAGGAAGGAUCAGUCAUCACUCAUGAGCGUGGUGAGAAGGUCAUGCAGGAUGAUGAGUUCACCUGUGACCUUUUCCGCUUCCUGCAGCUGCUCUGUGAAGGACACAACUCAGACUUCCAGAACUACUUGAGGACACAAACGGGAAACAAUACCACAGUCAACAUAAUUAUCUCUACUGUUGACUACCUCCUCAGAGUUCAGGAGUCUGUCAGUGAUUUCUACUGGUAUUAUUCUGGGAAGGACAUCAUUGACGAACAGGGCCAGAGGAAUUUCUCCAAGGCAAUAAACGUUGCCAAGCAGGUUUUCAAUACACUUACAGAAUACAUCCAGGGUCCAUGCACUGGGAACCAGCAGAGUUUGGCUCACAGUCGACUGUGGGACGCUGUGGUUGGCUUUCUACAUGUCUUCGCUCAUAUGCAGAUGAAACUGUCUCAGGACUCCAGUCAGAUUGAGUUACUGAAGGAACUGAUGGAUCUCCAGAAAGACAUGGUGGUCAUGCUGCUGUCUAUGCUUGAGGGAAACGUGGUGAAUGGGACUAUUGGGAAGCAGAUGGUAGACAUGUUGGUGGAGUCCUCUAACAAUGUGGAGAUGAUCCUCAAGUUCUUUGACAUGUUCCUCAAACUGAAAGACCUGACCUCCUCAGAUGCCUUCAAAGAGUAUGACCCUGAUGGAAAAGGUGUCAUCUCUAAGAGGGACUUCCAUAAAGCCAUGGAGAGCCACAAACACUACACCCAGUCUGAGACGGAGUUCCUGCUCUCCUGUGCUGAGACUGAUGAAAAUGAACUCCUAGACUAUGAAGAAUUUGUGGAGCGCUUUCAUGAGCCAGCCAAGGAUAUUGGCUUCAAUGUGGCUGUGUUGCUGACCAACCUGUCGGAGCACAUGCCUCAUGACACCCGACUGCAGACCUUCCUGGAGCUGGCAGACAGUGUCCUCAACUACUUCCAACCAUACCUUGGUCGAAUUGAGAUCAUGGGCAGUGCUAAGCGCAUAGAGAGGGUCUACUUUGAGAUCAGCGAGUCAAGUCGGACACAGUGGGAGAAACCACAGGUCAAAGAAUCCAAGCGUCAGUUCAUCUUUGAUGUGGUGAACGAAGGAGGAGAGAAGGAGAAGAUGGAGCUAUUUGUGAAUUUCUGCGAGGACACAAUCUUUGAAAUGCAGCUGGCUGCUCAGAUGUCUGAUGCUGGCGAGCGAUCUGCAGCGAAAGAGGAGAGUGAGCGGGAGAAACCAGACGAAGAGAACCCUGAGAUGGGCUUCUUCUCUGUUACCACUGUCUGCAUGGCACUGCUGGCUCUCAGAUACAACGUCAUGCUGCUAAUAAAGGUGCUAUCCAUGAAGAGCUUGAAGAAGCAGAUGAAGAAAAUAAAAAACAUGACAGUAAAGGACAUGGUGACCACCCUGGUCUCCUUCUACUGGUCAGUGUUGCUGGGCCUCCUCCAUGUGGCGUUCAGUGUAGCUCGAGGAUUCUGCAGAAUCUUCCACAGCACUUUCAUGGGAGGAAAUCUGGUGGAGGGAGCUAAGACCAUAAAGGUGUCAGAGCUGUUGGCCAACAUGCCCGACCCCACCCAGGAUGAGGUUCGGGGUGAGGGGGAGGACCGAGAGAAGAGAUCCUCUGAUCGCAGCUCCCCAAAAGAGGACUUGGCUGACUUGGCAGUCAACACCAGUGAGACUGAGUUGUUGUCAGACAUUUUUGGUUUGGACUUAAGAAGGGAGGGCGGCCAGUACAAGAUCACCCCCCAUAACCCCAACGCCAGCCUUACUGAACUCCUCAACUCUCCAGUUCCCUCCUCAACCCCACCUGCAGCACCUAUAGCACCUGCAGCACCUUCAGCACCCCAACCUGAGCUCAGACGAAGGCAUCAGUCGAAAAGCUCUUCCUCAGAGGAGAAGGAAGCCACACCAGAGACCGAAUAUGAACCUGAGAAAACAUCAGAAGGCGGACAUGUAGUGAAACAAGUGAAACAACAGAAGAAUGAGAAGGCGAAGGCGAAGCCUAAAGUAAGAAGGCAUCACACCUUGAAGUCUGAUGAACCUGAUCUGCAGGAAUCGCCCUUCCUAAAGAAGAUUAUAGCCUAUCAGAGAAAACUACUGAACUACUUUGCCAGAAACUUCUACAACAUGAGGAUGCUGGCACUGUUCGUUGCCUUUGCGAUCAACUUUAUCCUCCUUUUUUAUAAGGUUUCUACAUCCACAUCUGUGGUUGAGGAGAGGGAAGUGGUGUACACCAGCAGCCAACCAGACAGCAGCGUUCAGUGGGACCCACUGGGUGGAGAAGCAUUGGAAACAAAGGAGGAGGUGAUGGAUGAUGCUGGGGAGUCCCUGAAGCCCGUCACAGUUCGUUUUGUCCUGGAGGAGAGCAGUGGCUACAUGGAGCCCAUGUUACGAAUCCUGGCCAUCAUGCACACAGUCAUCUCCUUCUUCUGCAUCAUCGGAUACUACUGUCUCAAGGUGCCACUGGUUAUCUUUAAGCGGGAAAAAGAAGUGGCCAGGAAGCUGGAAUUUGAUGGCCUUUAUAUCACAGAGCAACCAUCUGAGGAUGACAUCAAAGGACAGUGGGACCGACUAGUAAUCAACACACAAUCGUUCCCCAACAACUACUGGGAUAAGUUUGUGAAGAGGAAGGUGAUGGAUAAAUAUGGGGAGUUUUAUGGCCACGACCGGAUCAGUGAACUGCUUGGAAUGGACAAAGCUGCCCUGGACUUCAGCGACGCUCACAAGAAGAGAAAGCCCAGGAGAGACAGCUCACUGACUGCUGUGCUGAACUCCAUCGAUGUGAAGUACCAGAUCUGGAAGCUGGGGGUUGUAUUCACAGACAACUCCUUCCUCUAUCUGGCCUGGUAUAUGACCAUGUCCAUCCUGGGUCACUAUAACAACUUCUUCUUUGCUGCCCAUCUGCUGGACAUCGCCAUGGGUUUUAAGACACUGCGCACCAUCCUCUCCUCAGUCACACACAACGGCAAACAGCUGGUGUUAACUGUCGGCCUGCUAGCGGUGGUGGUGUAUCUUUACACAGUAGUGGCCUUCAACUUCUUCAGGAAGUUCUACAACAAGAGUGAAGACGGAGAGCUGCCAGACAUGAAGUGUGACGACAUGUUGACAUGCUACAUGUUCCACAUGUAUGUAGGUGUGCGAGCUGGAGGAGGUAUAGGUGACCAGAUCGAGGACCCAGCAGGGGACGAGUAUGAGAUCUAUCGCAUUAUCUUUGACAUCACCUUCUUCUUCUUUGUCAUUGUAAUCCUCCUGGCCAUCAUCCAGGGGCUGAUCAUUGAUGCUUUUGGAGAACUGAGGGACCAGCAGGAACAAGUGAAAGAAGACAUGGAGACCAAGUGCUUUAUCUGUGGAAUAGGCAACGACUACUUUGACACAGUGCCACAUGGCUUUGAAACGCACACGCUACAGGAGCACAACUUAGCCAACUACCUAUUCUUUGUGAUGUAUCUCAUCAACAAAGAUGAAACAGAGCACACAGGCCAGGAGUCUUACGUCUGGAAGAUGUACCAGGAGCGUUGCUGGGAGUUUUUCCCUGCAGGGGACUGUUUCCGGAAACAGUACGAGGAUCAACUCAACUGACCCAUUCUCUAAGCAACAGACUCUUCAAGGCCCUCUGCAGCCAUCUUCCCUGUGCUUGACCCUCGAAGCUUUCACAGCCCCCUGUUCUACCAAACAACAGGUUCUGCUGUCCGAUCCACUUCCCACUCCAGGAAGAACCCAGAUGUCCAGCCUUCUCUACAGGCCCCGCCCUGAGCCGUCCUCAUCCAGUCAGCCAGCUCGCCAGCUCCGCCCCAACCUCCACCACACUUUGGAAUGCUUCUAAGACCUUGUACAUAGAAAAUAUCAAAUAAUAAUGCUGUACAAUAUGUGACUGGUGGAACGCCAAGGUUUUUGGCUCGGAUUAUGACUUCUUUGCUCCAUUUUAUUCUACAUUUACACAGUAACAACACAGUAACAUACAGUAAUACAGUAACAAGCAAAAAAUACGACGGAAUGAUGGGGCAAGGGAAAAAGGAGACCCAAAGAUGAGAGUUGAAGAGAAUUCUUCUUCUAAGUUUUUCAGGACAAUGACCGAUAGAGAGCAGACAUUAGUAUGGUGAUGUUUACGACUUUUCAUGUGUACAAUGCACGCUUGCAUGUAGGUGCAGGGGGUGGACACGAAACAAACAUCUGGACGAUCUCUUCCUAAUCCAGAGCAGCGGCGCUACAAGAAUCCAGACUGUUCAGAGGCUUACAUGCUCAGCUUUUGCUGAGACUGGCAAAGAGGUGCUGAUCUGAUUUUGAAUUUGUGGUACAUUUAAAGUGGGAAACUCAAAACGAACGCCUCUGUGGCUCAACAGAAACGUAACGUUCUUCACAACUAGAGCAGUUGUACUGGAUUGAAUGGAAGCACAGUUUAGACGUCGUUGUGUCCACACCCUGCACAUGCCAACACUGUGUGUGAAGGGCUCCUUAACUAAGUAUCACAUUGCUAGCAACAUGAUUAUCAAGUCCAUUUUGUUCCAGUAGGUCUGAGCAACCUGGAGACUCAGCCAAAGCAUGGACAGGUCAUAGUCCUCCAUCUGCAUACAAUCUACAGAAAUAAAUAUAUGUCCCCCAAAUUGUGCUUGCAAAAUGGCUGAAUCUAUUAUUCACAUUUUUUGGUAAAUGAUCUUUAAUUAUUAAUUUAUUUUUGUUUAUUUCAUGUUUUGCUCCAGCAGCAGCAGCAUGGCCUAACAGAUGUCUGCUGCUCAUGUUGUCCUGAGGACAGUCACGCUACUUUAUGUCUUCACUGAUCAGACGCCACCAUUCAGAUAAACUUCCUCUGUUCAGUCCAACUACUGGUCAAAACUCAGUCAGCUCUGUCAGUUCAGACAAACUCUUCAUCAUUAUGCCAUGUGAGAAACAUCUCUAGGUGCAACUGGUAGAGCUUUUAGACUGUAUUUUUAAAAUUUAUUUAAUUACGGCUCUGUAACGUCUUCAUGAAAUCCUGUUGUUUUCUGAAAAGCAAUACCAAAGCAGCAAAAAGUGAUUUGUUUUAGAACCUAACAGCUGCAGACAAGCUAAGUGUGUGCAUGUUAAGUUUAGAGAAAUAAUGAGCCUGAAGGGAGCAAUCCGAUAUGUUUCCUGAAGUGGAAAUGCACAGCAGGGGGAGGGAGGCGGGAGGAGACAGUGCCUUACUAAGCUGGGGUGGAGCUUCAUGAGCUGUAGGAGGACAGAAGGACGUCGGUGUGAAAACUGACGAGAACAUCAGAUGCUGGGGUCAGAUUAUUUCAGAGAGGAAUAUGCCUUGUGUGUGAGAGCACUGUAGGGAAGUGCAAAAAGAGAUGGAGGACUUUGUUUUAGAAAUAUGACUGGCAGUUUGGGAGCAGAAGUACCCACAAUUUGAAUGACUUCAAAUUUCAGUCAUGUUUGCUUUAUAGAUUAUGUACGCCACCAAUCUGCACACGUCUAAAAGAUGAAAGAAGCACACUAGUUAACAUUAUACCUGCAUCUUUAGAGAAACAUCAUUUUGAUGUUAAAACUGCAGCCCUGCAAUAAAUCCAUCCUUCAUGAAGCGAUCACUUGCUGUGUUAGAGUUUCAUCUUUACCAUCAUUUUGGAGGCUGCAGUUUGUGCUACUUUUAAAUUGUCUCACCCUAUAACUGAAGUAAUAUUUAUUCCACCUUCAAUGAUAUAAAUGGAGCGGAGAAAAACAAUAUUAUUGGUAAUCAAAUAGAGCCUAUAUGGUGGGAUUUAUUGCAGGACUGUGUGAUGGUACUACUUUAGUUGGUGCACCUAACAACCUGACAUACAUUAUAAAUCAUAUAAAGCCAUGUAACAUGCUGCAUAAACGGUUUUUGUAACGUUUAACAGUAUUUCAGUGCUGCCAUACCAUCCUUCAAGAUGGACUCAUGUUAGGUCAGAUUUAGUUUACAUUCUGUCUCAACUUCAAGAGGCAGGAACCAGUGAUGCAUUACAAUGUGUUGGAUUGACGGGUCACUUUUCUUCAGUCUUGUUUUGUGAUUGCUCCACACCUCAGUGCAAUGCAGUAAAUAAACUUCCAUUGAACAGAUUUCAUGGAAUAAAAAGUUUGGAGAUGCAGGAUUUUUAGCUGGAAUGCAGAAAGGCAAAAUGAAUGUUAAGGUCAGAAACCGAAUAAGUUGUUCAAAACAUACAGCAUCUUUUAAAUAUUUUACUUUCAUUCCUCAGUUCUAGAAGAGUGUGUUGAUUGAAUGGAUGCUUAGAGCUGGCAAAUAGUCAACAAAUCAUUCUCCUCACGAACAAACGCUCAUCCGAGGUCUUUUAUUUUGUGAUGAAUUCAUGCAAUACAGCGACUAGUUACUCUUUUUGUGUAGACAUUCUCCAAAAAAAAAAUAUCAGAAAAAUGCCAUUGCAUGUUUAAUAUUGGGGAUUAGUGAACAAUUAUAACAAAGAUACUAAAUCUAUGCCACCUGUAAAUUGUUUAAUAGGAUCAUUUAAGAUGAACUAAGAUCUAUGUGAUAUUGUAUUUAAGUGUUGUGGGCUUCAUUGUAACUUUUCAAGUCAUUUUGCCACAACUGCAUCCAUUUUUAAGAAGAAAAGAGGAAGAAAAACCCAUCUUUGUUUUACUAUACUAUGACUAAAAGGUUUGUUUAAGUAUCAUUUGGUUAUAAGCUCAAGCAAUAGCUCUUCAGGAUGUGUAUGGGAGACGACUGGCCAUUGUAAAUCGCAAAACAAACGCAGGACAAACAAAAGCUUGCUUCACUUUGUCUCAGAGUUCAGCAGCGAUGAAAUAGCAUCAAAUUCUUCCAACCGUAAGCUGCUGUUUGAAGACCCAAAGUGUAUAACGUUAAAUAAAGUAACUUACAGUGUGAUGCAGUUAGCCAUAGAGGGUCACAACCUCAUGUUUGCUGAAAAUGUGUCGCGGCCUGUAAAUCAAGUUCAACAUAGAAUUAGCUUUUUAAAGAAAAAAAAAAGAAGUCGUGGGGGUGGAGGAUGUUUCUAUUUUGUUGUUGCUGUUGUGUUCCAGCUGCCACUAGGGGCCGCUAAAGAGCCAUGCUUACUGAUGCACCUUUAAGUGAGUGACCAUGCAUGCACGAUGUCCAUUUAGUACUGAUGACUGUAUGAUAAGACGGUGGAUGUUACAACUGCUACCAGCCGGUGUGAGUAUGAUGAAUAUUGCAAUGUCCCCUUUGUACCAUGCUGAUGUCAGGCCUCUUUUUAAAAACUAUUUCAGAGUGAAUAAUGUCAUUACUAAGUGGUAUAUUGGUCAUACGAAAUGAGUAUUUUCCAUAUUUAUCAUGAAAGGGGCAUGUUUAGUUUUCCACACAGUAGUCCAUCAUGUAGACUUUUGAGUAGGCUAUCGCUGCUUCUGAGGAAGAAAUGUGUAAAGAGGGACUGAGUCUAUGAGUAAUGAAUGGAUUUGCAUGAUUUUUAAAAUAAAAUGUUAUUUAUUAACUUGUGAAA